AACAAAAGACCAAGGUGAAAGAAGCGUUCUCUUGCUAUUUAAACCACACGCCUGAUGAACGAUAACGUAUGUGUAAUGAGCCACGAACUUAUUUGUGUCUUGAUUCUUACCGUAAAGUACUACACAGCCAGAAAUGCCUCCGCAGGCAUCCGACCUUGAUCACGAAGAAUUGCUGCGUCAGCAAGCGACGGAAGCCUCGCAGCGUUUAUUUGCUCUGCUAAAUGCCACGGCGGCUAGCUCAGCCCACGUCAAUGCUGUCAGCAUUCUAGGAGCUCGAGCCACCCGACCCAGUUUUCUCGAAGCCGCCACUUCGCGCGUACUUGAAUCCGGCACGUUGGCCGACGUUAUUAACAACUCCCAGAUCGUCGCUGACGAAUUGAUGCGAUUUGAUAUUUUCGACGACGUUCACGUACUUUUGGACCAUGCCGCGGACAGUGAUCCCUUGGCAGCCCCGGGAUCGAUCAAUGUUCUGUAUCAAGUCAAAGAGAAGAGUCGCAUGUAUAUCAAAACAGGCACUGAAAUUGGCAACAACGAAGGCAACGUGAACGGAUCGUUGACGCUUCGUAACGUUUUUGGUGGGGGUGAAGUAUUGGAUUCGUUGGCAUCCUUCGGCACACGCGACAGCUCCGCCUUCCAGUUCUCUUUGUCAUCUCCCGUCAAUGCUUCACCCAACUCGAGAGUUGACUUGAAUGCGCAUCAUGUUCUUCGAAACAACAUGCUUAUUUCUUCUUACGAAGAACUUGCUCGCGGUGCAGGCCUUCGCCUCAAAACCUUGUCACGCUUUGGUUACCAUGAAUUAAGCUACGACUGCACUUGGCGAUCGAUUGAUAAAGUGUCAGAUACGGCUUCGUUAAGCAUUCGCCAACAAGCCGGUCAUUCAUUGAAAUCCUCUAUUAACCAUGUAUUUGUACGUGACCGCCGCGACGACAUGCUGCUUCCAUCCACAGGUCAUUACAUCCGCUGGUCUCAAGAAUUAGCAGGCGUAUUUGGACUUGGAAAUGCGCGAUUUUUCAAGACAGAACUGGAAACCCAAGUAUGCCAUCAGUUAGGGGGUGGACAGUUAUUGAAGAGCCAAGAAGGCGAAUUGCUCGGCCUUCAUCCUGGUUUAGUAUUCAGUAUGGGAUUCAGAGCGGGCUGGCUCGCUAAGCUUAAUAGCGAUCCAAGAGCUGCCACUGUAUCGGAUCGCUUCUUGCUGGGUGGACCUCUGUCUGUUCGUGGGUUUAGAAAUGCUGGACUGGGACCUCACGAUCAUCAUGAUGCCUUGGGCGGUGACCUGUACUGGGCUACGGGUGUCAGCGCAAUGGCACCGGUACCUAAAUUGGAAAGCAAACCGUUAAGAGCUCACGCAUUUAUCAAUGCGGGUACGCUUGUACCGUGGAAGACGACGACAAACGCACAAGAUACCAUGCGAUCCUUAACACAAUCGCCAAGCAUUUCCGUUGGCUUGGGUCUGAUUUACCGCCACAGUAUUGCCAGAAUAGAGCUAAAUUAUUGUAUUCCGCUGACAGCGGCUCGGGGCGAUCAUGUGAAGAGAGGUUUGCAACUUGGUCUCGGUCUAAACUUUUUGUAAUAUAACGUACAGUUCGAUUGAAGAAAAACUGGAUAAAAUAAAUUUACAAAAUAAAAAAGGAAAAAGUAG